ACCCGCCUACUUCUGGCGUCACGUAUUUCCGGUUAGCGCCCUUUCUUGUUCCGGCACACGUAAACAUGGCGCCCACCAUCCCGCUGUUAGCAGUGCGUGGAUCAGCCGGUACGUCUCUCCUCUGUGGUCCUCCCUUGUGUGAGCAGCACUCCUCCUUCCAGAGGGACUCUCGGUCCAGCAGGUGUGUUUCCUUCAGCAGAGAUGGGACGCUGUUUGGCUGGUGCAACGGACUCAAUGUGUCUGUGGUGAAGUCUUCAGAUGGCUCACUGGUCUCCACCUUCGACCUCCCGAAGACGGCGCUGCUUGAUUUUUCUCCUCUCAACAACAUUCUGGUCACCUGGCAACCGUACAGCAAGGCCAAAGACAGCGCUCAGGGGGAAGCUAAUCUCCAGCUGUGGGACUUACAGAGCGGUCAGCUGAUCAAGGCGUUGUAUCAGAAGAAGUUGGACUCAUGGUGUCCCAGCUGGUCAGAGGACGAGGAGAUCUCAGUGAGGAGCGUCAACAACGAGCUUCACUUCUAUGAGAACAACGACUUCAACCUCAUCGCCAACAAGCUCCACAUGCAGAAAGUGUCGGACUAUGUUUUGUCUCCUGGAGGUCAGCCAAGCAAGGUCGCCGUCUACGUCCCCGGCAGUAAAGGAGCCCCCUCGUUUGUCCGACUGUACCAGUACCCCGUUCUGGGAGGACCCACCGCUGCACUCGCCAACAAGAGCUUCUUCAAGGCCGACAGAGUCAGCAUGCAGUGGAACAAGAAAGGCUCUGCCGUGUUGGUGACGUCCAGUACUGAGGUAGAUAAAAGCGGAGCUUCGUACUACGGAGAACAGACGCUUCACUUCCUGUCAGUGAGCGGAGAGACGUCAUUGGUUCAACUCCAGAAGAACGGUCCCAUCUACGACGUGGUCUGGAGUCCUGGUUCUGCAGAGUUCUGCGUGGUCUACGGCUUCAUGCCGGCUAAGGCCACCGUCUACAGCCUCAAGUGUGAGCCGCUGUUCGACUUUGGCACCGGGCCGCGGAAUGCCGCCUACUACAGUCCUCAGGGUCACAUCCUGGUUCUGGCCGGGUUUGGAAACCUCCGGGGUCAGAUGGAGGUCUGGGACGCCAAGAAGUACAAACAGGUGUCCAAACCUGAGGCGCCGGACGCCACCCACUUCUCUUGGUGUCCGGACGGCGAGCACGUCGUCACAGCGACGUGCUCGCCCCGGCUGCGCGUGAGCAACGGGUUUAAGAUCUGGCACUACACGGGCUCUGUGCUGCACAAGCAGGAGGCGGAGCCCGGCUCGGAGCUGUGGGAGGUCCGCUGGCAGCCGGUGCCCGAGGGCCACUUCCCUGGGCGGCCCGUCAGGUACCAGGCGGCGCCCAGCCAGCUGGGCACCACGCAGGCCACGCCCACUCAGGCCUACCGCCCACCGGCACUCAGACACCUGCCCGCCACGGCCAGCUCCAAACUGCACGAGGAGGAACUUCCUCAGAAUCUGCGCCCAGGAGAGAAAAGUCUCUCUAAAUCAGCUCUGAAGAAUCAGAAGAAACGAGAGGCCAAGAAAGCCAAACAGGAGUUGAAGCCUGAAAUCAAACUUCCAUCUGACCCCGCCCACGUCAGUAACAGCCAAUCAGAGCCGAGCUGUGGCGACCCCGAGACUGACAAGAAGAUAAAGAAUGUGAAGAAGAAACUUAAAGCCAUCGAAGAGCUGAAGGACCAACAGGCUUCUGGAAAGGUUCUACAAAAGAACCAGCUGGAGAAGUUGCAGAAAGAGUGUCAGCUGCUGAAGGAGCUGGAGGAUCUCCAGAUCGAACCCUAGGAGAUGCUGAAUGAGCUACAGGCCACGCCCCCUCUGUCCACUCACGUAUACAUUACAUGUCAUACACUAUUCUAAAGAAAGUCAAGGCUGCAUAUGUCAGUUUCUUUGUUGGGCGGAGCUUGAGUAAUGAGGGGUGGGGUUUGUUGGAGGAUUGGGGGGGGGGGGUCUCUAUGGGAGCCAUAAUCUUAUUGGGUCCUCUUUUCUGGGAAAUUUAGUUUAGUAUGCAUUUAGUUCAAAGCCCUGUUGCUAUGCAACAUCUGUACAGAUGUUGGAGCCUUUAAUAGUGGUCAUUUCAAAAUAAAAGCCUGAAUGAAACUAAUGUUUUCAGUAA